AUGUCCGGAACCGACAACGACUGUCGUAGAAUGUGCGACAACGAUACAGCGCACGUGUUGACGAUCACCGACGAUAGUACGGUGUAUUUCGAAAACGCUAAACUGGAAUCUGGCGCGUAUUGUUCUAUCGGACGACGGCCCGAAUGCAAUGUAAAGACCACGUCCGUUCUGAUGACCGUCAAUUCGGUGACGUGCCGUUCUAAAUACCCUCGGUUAUUUGGCGGUGUUACGGGAAACGAAGUGAUAGCGUGCAACGAUUCCGUCAUUAACGAUCCGUUAAACGUUUUAUGGGAUUACCGAAACAACGUACGAGUGAACGCGGAGACCGUAGAAAUCGACACCGACGACGAGUUACUGAAUACCGACGAAUACAGGUUUAGAUGCCAGUACAUGGGCAAAGAUUCGAACGAAAACAAUUUUAUAGAGAACCCGUACGAUCGAUUCCAUCCGAUGCGCAAUUAUUGUUCGGAAUACAUUUACGGAGCGCACCCUUCGAUCCGAACGGUCGUCGACACAGAAAAAGGAACCAUGUAUUGCGAUUGCGGUGAUUACAACGUGACCCGCGUGCGCAAUAUCAAUCCCGAUGAUAGAUCGACGAGGUGUUCGGAUAAAACGUACGAGAGGUUGACUCUAUUACCAAAUCAAACGAGCGUAAAAAUACCGUAUCGGUGUUUCAACGUCAAUUCUUCAAUAGAGGACGUAGGGCGGUAUAUGCCUUGUCCACCGGAUCAAUUUACCAGAAACGGGAGUCGUAUGGCAAGCGUUACCGUAGUCUACAGUAAACUCGAUUCGGUGCCAAUAGAACAUCCGUAUUACAAGGAUUUUGAUUUUAAAGACGUGAUGCUAGGAGACGUAAAAGGAUUACAAUUUGUAGAUUAA